UUUAAAAAAAAUAGAAAAAAAAGUUUAUGGAUGCAGAAAAUAAUCUAAACAGUGCGUGUUAGGGAUGUUUUUAGCCUAUAAGCAACGGAGACACCGAGUUUAAAAUUCACAGCUGUUAGUGCGUUUUGAGUCAUAGGUGAGGUUAACAAUUUUGUGUUUUUCUGUGAUUUCUUUUUCCCAUUUCUCUUUAUUUAUUUAUUUAUUUAAUUGUACAUGCGCCUGCUCAAGUUGAAGCCUGAGCUAAACUUAUGACAUUUGACACAGUUCAGGAGCGAGGCUGCAAAUGGGCGGCAUAGGUGGCAACCUUUACCUCAGCAUGUUGAAUGGGACUGAAACGCAAACUUUCGGAAAGAGCGCCGACAUCAGCAGUCACCUCCACCGCAGCGGCAAGGAUCUAGCCGAGUUUAAAAUGGGGAUUCAGGACGCGAGGUUUUUCUACCCGGACUCUGUUCAAAGCGGGCAGGACGCUCUGGCUCUGCCGUUCCACUCGGAGCAGGCGGUGGGAGGGUACGCAGCGCAGACCGGCAGGUUUUACGCACAGAGCCUCAGCAGCUGCCCCUACGGCAGCGUGCGGUCUCCGCCAAGAAGCGGGGCUGGGCAAAGUUACAUUUCCACGGCAGCAGACGGGUUUCCCACAGGAGGUAAAGAUGUUUACUCUCCUUCUGCGGAGAACUACCCCGCGAGCUUUCAGCACAGUUACCAGCGGCCGCCUCUUUACCCUUUACCUGGGCUACAGGUGUGCGGGAAGACUCAGGCACUGCUCAAUAACUAUCCGCUAUGGGCCAAGUUCCACAAGUUCCAAACCGAGAUGAUAAUCACCAAACAGGGGAGGAGGAUGUUCCCUUUUCUGAGCUUUAACAUCAGUGUUCUAGAUCCAUCUGCCCACUAUAACGUCUAUGUGGACGUGGUUUUGGCUGAUCAGCACCACUGGAGAUACCAGGGUGGCAAGUGGGUCCAGUGUGGGAAAGCGGAGGGUAACAUGCCAGGGAACAGGAUGUACAUGCACCCCGACUCUCCCAACACGGGAGCUCACUGGAUGAGGCAAGAAGUGUCGUUCAGCAAGCUCAAGCUGACCAACAACAAGGGCAGCACCAACAACGUGGCUCAGAUGAUAGUUCUCCAGUCGCUCCAUAAGUACCAGCCUCGCCUUCAUAUUGUAGAAGUAAAGGAAGACGGCUCAGAGGAUCCCUUCUUGUCAAAAGCCCAGACUUUUGUCUUCCCAGAGACUCAGUUCAUUGCUGUCACCGCUUAUCAGAAUGCAGAUAUUACUCAGCUGAAAAUAGACCACAACCCCUUCGCUAAAGGCUUCCGUGACAAUUAUGACACGCUGUAUGCUCCUCCUGACUCUGAUCGCCUCACACCUUCUCCUACAGAGAACCAGAUGCUGCCUGGAGGCUGCUACCCCCAAGGCUACCUCUCUGAACAGUACAUGAGCCCCCUACCCCAGAGCCGCUUCUAUAGUCGUGAGGCACUUGGUAUGGGUCAACAGCACAAAGACCCUUCCUCCAGCCCAGGACCCCACAGUCGCUGGUACCUACAACCACAGCAGGGUGUGGCCCCAAAUCGUCUUGACUUCGCUUCCUCCUAUGAGGGGGACUUCUCCGGAAAUGGUUUCUACAAGCCUUUCCCUUUGCAAACAUCCGCUCACCAUGCCCUCAGCUACUACCCAGACCAUCCUUUUGCAUCCACAAGUGUGUCAGUAUCAGGUGCCACCUCAGCAGGGUGGAGCACCAGUAGACCCACCCCUCAGUACCUCAGCCACCCCAAUAAACCUGGCCCUAGUCUGGGCUGGUUCAGACCCAUAUCAUCCUCUUCCUCAUCAUCAUCAUCUUCUAUGUCACCUGGCAACCCCAGGCUGCACCCUCCCACAAUCCUCGAGUCUCUGCAGCCGCCCCUGCUGCACGAAAAGCCCAAAGACACUGUGGGAGUGGUUGCAGAAGACCCAUGGCUUGAACCACCCUCUGUGAAAUCAGCAGACUCGGCCGACUCGGGCUUAUUUGAGGGUGGCGUGGGGGACAACAAGAAGAGGAGGGUGUCACCCUAUACGUCCAGCACUGAAAACUCCCCACAUCCACGUAGUGGAGACAUCUGCGAGAAAGAUAGCAACAGCGAUGCAGACUACUAUGGCUAUUACACCCACUGAAGACUUCACACAUCAAAGUCUCUCCCAACACCUUCCCACACCACCCUCAGGGACACAUAUGGUUCUGUCCAGUCAGGUCAUGAUAAAGCGCUGGAACAGUCUUUGUUUUUUCAAGUACCAGAGCCACAUUACUGAGGAUAAAGCCUAAUCUGAGACCACAUCAUCAAUCCACAUUGAGACCAUCCCCUUCAUAAAGUCCCAUCUCAAAAGCAUCAGAUAAUUACAGGAGUGGAUGUGACAGACAAACAGAUGUGUGACUUAAGUUUUUCAAACAUCCAGAGAUUUAAAGAAAAAAAAGAUCUGCAUAUCUGCUUCUUGACAGACACCUGAGGGGAUUGUCGAUUCUUUCUGCAUCAAACACUCUCUCUGCCUCUUUUGCCAUGUCUUGUUUAUGUCUUCCUUCUCACCUUUAACCAUUCACACGUCUACUUGCAAUAUGCUCACAUAUAUCCUAUGCCGACUGUGAGCAGAAAUUGCGUUUCCAUACAUUGUACGUAUGGAUUAACCCCCAAAUAUAUAGAGAGAGCACCGCCCACUGGUGGCAGCAGAGGAGAAUUACAGGCUGUCAGACCAGAGGCCGCAGCGUUUAAGUGAAGGAGUGAGUUAAGACAGCUCAACAAGCACAUGUUCUGAGGUAAUGUUAAUCCAUCUCAGUCAUGUUCAAAGUACCUAUUGUAUGUAUAGAUGUGUGUGUUUUGAGUAAAUGAACAACCACAGCAAACAGCAGCAAUCAAUCAAAACAGCUCACAGGACUGAAGGAAAACUGAUGGGACUAGCUUUCUAUACUGUAUUGCUUUUAAUGCUACAUGUUAGUCCAAACACAAAGGCAGAUGACAGAAUUUUGCUUCAUUUCACCAGCUGUUGAUGACCCAGAAUUUAUUAAUAUUUGCUGACUGGCCUCUCAGACAUACAUUUUUGCUUUCUGUCUAACAAGCUGUAUAUCUAAAUUUUGAAAGGAGACCUGAUUUAGAAAAUAAUCAGCAGAUGAAGCGUUAAUUAAAAUUACAAUAUGAACGCUUCUAAAAGGAAAAAUGUCCUAACAUAUGUGCACCUUGUAGCCUACAGCAGGUAUUGUGGAGAAAGAUUACCUGUUAGCGAACAGGUGCUGGCAUCAGCUUUGAAUGUUUGUUAUUAUUCUGCUGCUGUACAUUGACUACUAGUUAAUUAUUUCCUCCCACAGCUUUGGUCUGACAUUUACAUUUUCUCAUUCGGGUAUUCAUUAAGUCACAUGUAAAUCAUGCAUGGGUGUAAUAAACUGUUAUUUAUACUAAUUGUGAUCAGAUAAAAUAUAAUAAAAAUACAGAUUGUGCUAAUUACAAACAUAUUAACAAUACCAACAGCAUUAUUGAUUAUAAAUUGUUUGAGGAUUUGAUGUACAACUCUUUACAGUAACUUAUGCUUUAAGGCCUGCUUUAAAAAUGUUGACUGCCAGAAAAAAAAAAUCUCAAAAGUGAAUUAAUUAGUUUGAAAAUCAUAAUAAUAGUAAAAUGUCAUUAUCAAGAAAACUUCUGAUAAUGAUAACUGUAAAAUGAUUUUUUUUUAUUUGAUGUUCUAGCAGCACACUUACUCAAACCAUAAAUUUAAGUCUUUUAGGUUCCCUUAGGAGACUUUAUCCCCUAGAAAAGCUAAGCAAUCUUGUUUUGUUGUUUGUAUGCUCAUAUAUCAAAUCAAAUCAAAUUUAUUAGUAUAGCACAUUUAAAAGAAAAACAACUGAAGUUGACCAAAAUGUUGAACAUGGGUACACAUCUUCUAUUCUUUCCAAUAACCCUAACAGACAGUUGGCGAUUGUUAAAAUGUUCACAUAGUUGUCUAUGUAUAGCUAUUCAUAGUGCAUCGUCAUUAAAGCUGGAUAAUUAUGGCACAGAAUAAUAAUAAACAUCAGAUUGAGAUAUUUACACAUAUGGCUAGACACAGCAUUGUUCUUGACCUGAUGUCAGAAAGAUGUGUAGGAGGAGGAAGAUUCCCAAAAGCAACACUUUAGCAGUUCUGAAGAAGCAUACCUGUUUUAAAGCGUGAAUUUAGUCUUUACAUCUCCACACUUUUGAUGUGACAAGCCUUCAUCAUUCAGAAAGGCCCCUCGCUGUGAUCACGUGUCUUUAGAUGUGAUAUAUCAAAGAUAAGGGUCAAAAUAUGGUGAACGACUGGUAUCUCUUUCUUGAAAGCAGUUUGUUUCUGUGGAGGGUGGAUUGUAAAACUUUGAUGAAAACAUGUGACCAAUAUGAGUUUAAACCCGUCUGAUAAUUACACCUGGUUAGGAAAUGUUCCUAUUCUAACUAAUUUGAUUGAUCACAUUUUGCCAUAACUUUGGGCUAAUUCAAAGACAUGGAUUAGUGAUUCAGUUGGACUUCUUUCAAAACCAGCUUUUCUGACCCUGUAAGAGUGAGUCAUUAUGGAAAAAAUCCUCAACCAAUAACAGCAUUGAUAAUAGACAAUAAUAUAAAGGAAAGCAGCAAUCAUAGGGAACUAGUUUUCCCACUGUUAGUGUAGGGCUAACAAGACCUAAUACAUGUAGUUUGCUGUAGUACCCCACAGUUAAAGUGGGUCGAUGAGGAUUUCAACAUACUUGUAGGUAAACGGACAAGGCGCUGUCACCUGCGGACCACAAUAAACAGGAAGCACAAAGUGACCAGACAGACACUCCGUAUUUCCCCCUCUAGUCUCCGGGCCUAUCAUGUGGUGACACUAGUUGACAGAGGCCCGGCUCCCAGCCCGGUGACAGAAAUAAAGAGUGAGUCAACAGUCGGAGCUGAUCAGAGAUCUGCUCCUCAUUCCUCACCAGAUGUGCUAAUGGCCUGAGACAACACUGGGGGCGACAGCAGGCACUUAGUCAAGCAGGACUACCUUGUCUUCACUGAGAGAGAAAGAAAUUAAAUUACGCUGCGAUUUUUCAUGCAGUUGCACUCUUGAAAUGCUUAAAAUGAGCUGAUAAAAUUUAUAGCAUUGAUCUGUAAGCUGUACCAAGCUGAAACUCGAAAAGUAUUGAUAUUUAGUCAAAAAUAAGAUCGGAAUUCUACUUGAUUUUUCACUUUACUGAGUAGAUAUUAUGAUUCCAUAUACUGGUAUUAUAUUGGUCAUAUUUAAUUACAUCUAUGGCAGCCAUAACAAAAUCUGGCAGCCAAUAGACCCACUUCAUAUAACUCACCAGUUAGAUAACAUUAGCUUAAGUUAGUUCACUAUAUUCUUCAUGUUUCUAUCCAUGUUUCUUCCCUCAGAUGUUGUAGUGACUGGAUUUAAUGUCGGGAUAAAGUAACAACAAAUAAGCAAGUGUUGGCAAAACCUACAUUAGCAUUUAGCAACUUUUUCUGUGGUUUGCAGAGUGGCAGUGACUGUAGUCUCUAUGACUUGUAUGUUUACCUUUAGACUACUAUAACUCAUUAAAUUUAUCUGUAAAUUGUUGGCUUAUUGGUUUAAAUGAACAAAAGCACUGCAAUGUCCUCAAAGACUAUACAUUAACAGUAGUUAUUAGUUACAUAAUAGUCCUGAAAGAUUCAGCACUUUCUUUAAAUUCAGUUACCUGAAAAAACAUUCUUACCUCAGAUCACAGCAAAUGUCAUCAACUAAACUAAUAACAACCAAAUUGCAGCUCAGCUUUCAGUCUAAUUUAAAGAUAAGUUUACAAUGUGUAGAACAGUUUGGCCAUAAAGCGCAAAAAUGUUAGUUGUGCCCCUUUUUGUACAGAUCAUACAAAGACUAUAUGAGUGUUAGCAGCCAUUAAAAUUAUACCCUAUUCAUCCCCGUUUCUGGUGUUAAUAUUGAGCUAAGUUAGAUUUAUUUAAGAAAACAUGUAAAUAAAAAUCCUUCCAACUGCCACGACCUUUGAACCAGAAUUGAUCAGCUUGGUUCUGGCCCUGUUUGUGUUUGAUGGUUAUAAAAACAUAUGUUUAACUCCUGGCCAUAAUAUUACAUUUAAAAUCAUCCCUUCCUCAAUAUCCACUGAAUAUUAAAGACAGUUUAUUUUACUUGUCUUCUUGCCAUAGUCUUAACAUUAAUGUUGAUGCAAAAAGAGCAGCUUUCUAACAUCUCCAUCCUACUUGCAAAGAUUUAAAAGUUAAAAUGAAAUAUUAUGAAGUGCUGGAUAUGAAAGGGAAUGGACAUGAAUAAUUGUGUAUAUUACCAAUGUAAUAUUUCUAAAACAUGUUUUCUGUUUAACAUUUAUGUUGACUUUUUUUGAAAGAAACUCUUAAAAUACCUUAUGAAGCUGUGCAAAUGGGCCAUUCAUGUUUUAAGUGCAAUUAAAAUGUGGAAAUUAGCUUAGAAUCAAUGGUGGAAUUGCAGAAACAAUGAGAGCAAAAGCUUUAUGUGAAUACAGCCUGUGGACAAAGUCAGUUAUUUAUUUCUUUGUGCUGUGGUUUUUGUGGUACUCUGAGUGGCCCUGCACCUACAUGAGAGCAAGUUCUCCCAAUAAACAGCAGCAUGAAAAUGGUUUCAGACGCCUCAGGAAGGACCCCUGCUGGAUAUGUUAUGCUAAUGCAAUCAACCUCCACCUGUGAACUAAACUCCCUGAUGUUAAAUCUCUUGGUAUCUACAUUUUCCAUGAGUCGGUUUCCCUUAAACACACUUUUUCCCUUGAUGAGAAAAUAAGAGACUUGAUUUCAUGGCAUUUUGUUGAUUUUGUGAUUUGAACACAGAACUGUAAAGAAGGGAGGCCACACAGCUCAUUCAAAAGCAUGUUAUUUUUUGUGUGUGAACCAUGUGCACCGUUUAUGUCAAGGGAGCAGUAAUGGUCAUUAUACUCUUAAGAGCUGAUACAAAUAAAAAUAAAAAUGAAUAUUUCUGGAGGGCAAAAUCAAAAUUGUUAUUUAUUAAAGUCAGCAUAACUGUAUCUGUUUUUUUAAUAAUGAAAUUAAAGUUUCCACAUAUUUAA